CCGUACUUUUCAAAGACUCCGAAGAUCAAAAUGUUUCGAUAAAAGUCGGACAAGGAAGCGAUAUUAAAACUUUUACAGCCCAUUCUGUAAUUUUACGCGCAAGAUCGCAAUAUUUUUUCACAAUCGUGGAAAGCUGGAGUGCCGACAGUUUGCAGCAAUUCAAGACAUUAAUAGAAGAUUGUAUCCCGUAUAUACGCUUCUUUCAAAUCAGUAGCUUAGAUUAUUAUCAUAAAGUUCAUCAGUUCAAAGGUGUUCUUCCUUCGAAGCUUAAAAAGGAUUUGAAAGCUUAUUAUUUCGCCCCUAAAUUGCACCCUAAGGAAAAAAUUGAAGGAUACGCUCCUGAACGUAGCAAGUAUAUCAUGACGAAGGAAGACAUGGUAAAGUUUGGUUUUGAGGCUAUCUUGAAGAAAUUAUGA